AUGCAACAGGAAGUGGAAAAGCCUUCCCGGGGGCCCCAAUCUCAAUUUCAGCAGGGCCACCAAAUUCCUAUUGAGCAUCACAAAAAGCCUGGCCUGCAGGCUGAGAUGGAGGGUCCAAAGCCCACAUCAAGCAAAAUCCCAACCGAAGAUGGCGGAUAUCAGACCUACAAAGCGGCUGGCAAACUUUCCGGCAAAAAAGCAAUUAUCACUGGUGGCGACUCGGGAAUUGGUCGCGCUGUCGCCAUUCUUUUUGCUAUGGAAGGGGCGUCUAGCCUUAUUACGUACCUUCCCGAAGAGGAAAAGGAUGCGCAGGAGACGAAGCGACGAGUGGAAGAAAUUGGACAAUCUUGCCAUUGCUUUGCAACUGACCUCCGUGAUAAAAAGAAUUGUCAGAAGGUGGUUGAUACGGCCCUCGAGACCUUAGGUGGCAUUGAUAUUCUUAUCAAUAAUGCUGGGACUCAAACAAUGAUCGAUGAUAUCAAAGAUCUAGAAGAGUCUCAAUGGGAGGGCACUUUUGACACAAACAUUCAUCCUAUCUUCUAUCUUUCGAAGUACUCGCUUCCCCACAUGAAGAGCGGUUCAACGAUUAUCAAUUGCGCUUCCGUUAACCACUACAUCGGUCGGCCCGAUUUGCUGGACUAUACUUCAACAAAAGGUGCAAUUGUUGCGUUCACCAGGGGAUUGUCUAACCAGCAGGUUAAGAAUGGCAUUCGGGUGAACUGUGUGUGUCCUGGACCAAUUUGGACCCCUUUGAUCCCGGCAACUAUGACUACUGAGGCAGAAGAACAAUUCAGCGGCACACCAAUGGGUCGUCCGGGACAACCUAGUGAGGUUGCAACUUGUUUCGUCUUCCUUGCAAGUCAGGAUAGUAGCUUCAUCUCCGGCCAAUCUUUGCAUCCGAACGGUGGAGUUGUGGUUAACGGCUAA